AUGGAUGAUCUAUUUUAUUGUAUUCGUGUAAUGCAAAUUUCAACCGAUAAAUUACAAUUAACACGUAAUUCUGAAAGUCUUCGUCGUUCAUCACUUAUACGUUCAACAUUUUUACAAUCACGUAAACAUUUUUGUGAUUUAGUUCAUUCACUUAUUAAAAUACCUUCAACAGCUAAUACACUUACACCGGUUAUUAUACAAAAUGUAGAAAAUCGUACAAAAACUCUACCAUAUCAACGAACAAUAAUAUCACAAAAACGUAAAUCAUGUCAUGUUGAUGCUGUUAAACGAGUACGUCUGACAUCAUCAUCAUCGAAUGUUUCAAAUUAA